AGGCUUCAGGCGCCAGAGCCCGGAGGGGGGCGGUAGCAGCGUCAGGUGGCUGCUCCGAGUCCCUGAGCGCCACCCAGUCACUUCCUACUCGGCGCAGAGCCUGGGCUAGAGCAGAAGCCCUCUUGCGUCUCGGCCCCAGGACCCGAGCGCCAGAGCUGCUGGGGUUUGGGACGGCGGCAGCGGGAGAAACUGAGAUGUGACCCUCUUUCCCCCGAGAUUGCCUUUGCCCUCUCUGGUGCCUGCCUCGGGAACAACAGCCCACACCAGCCAGCGAGCACUUGUCUGGAUCUUCGUGGAGAAAGGAGCAGCCACUAGGCGCUCGCAAAGCCUCGGCAGAAGUUUGGCUGCCCUGGGCAGCUGUGAAGCAGCUGCGUGAGAAGGGUGGGCUAGGAGACCGAGGGAGCAGAGAGCUAAGGAAUGGGGUCUUAGCCUGGGCUAGGAGUGGGGAGAGGGAAGUCCAGUUGCUCCUCGCUCUCUCCCAGAGCCCGGGCGCGGGGCAGAGGGAGAAAUGCUGAGCCCGCGUUCGGGCUCCUGCCUCCCCGGCAGCAUCUUCAGCAGCAGCCUCAGCAUCAGCACCGGCGGGACAGCGACAGCGGGGGCGGCGCAGGCGCACUGUGCCCGGCGGAGCCUGCAGUUCCCCAGCCCCGUGUGCGGCACCGCCACAGUCUGGGCAGCGGCGGCCGGGGGAGCGCUACUACCAUGAACUGCUUGGUCCUCCUUCCCAGAGCUGCUCAUCCGGGUCGGGCUGGAGACACACUCAGGGGACCCCGCCGCCGCCGCCGCGCCCCCUUUUCUUUCGGCUCCAUCUCCACUACCUUUUCCUCCUUUUCUUCCACCUUUUCUUCCUGCUUCCCCCCCUCCCCCGCCGCGGAUCCUGGCCGCUGCUUUCCAGACCCAGGAUGCCGGGGGGCAAGAGAGGGCUGGUGGCUCCGCAGAACACAUUUUUGGAGAACAUCGUCAGGCGCUCCAGUGAAUCAAGUUUCUUACUGGGAAAUGCCCAAAUUGUGGACUGGCCUGUAGUUUAUAGUAAUGACGGUUUUUGCAAACUCUCUGGAUAUCAUCGAGCUGACGUCAUGCAGAAAAGCAGCACUUGCAGUUUUAUGUAUGGAGAACUGACCGACAAAAAGACCAUCGAGAAAGUCAGGCAGACUUUUGACAACUACGAGUCAAACUGUUUCGAAGUUCUUCUGUACAAAAAAAACCGUACCCCUGUUUGGUUUUACAUGCAAAUCGCACCAAUAAGAAAUGAACAUGAGAAGGUGGUCUUGUUCCUGUGUACAUUCAAGGAUAUUACACUGUUCAAACAGCCCAUAGAGGAUGACUCAACAAAAGGUUGGACAAAAUUUGCCCGAUUGACACGGGCUUUGACAAAUAGCCGGAGUGUUUUACAGCAGCUUACACCAAUGAAUAAAACAGAAACAGUCCACAAACAUUCAAGACUAGCUGAAGUUCUUCAGUUGGGAUCAGACAUCCUUCCUCAGUACAAACAAGAAGCGCCAAAGACGCCGCCACACAUCAUCUUACACUACUGUGCUUUUAAAACGACUUGGGAUUGGGUGAUUUUAAUUCUUACUUUCUACACCGCCAUCAUGGUUCCUUACAACGUUUCUUUCAAAACAAAGCAGAACAAUAUCGCCUGGCUGGUGCUGGACAGCGUGGUGGACGUUAUUUUUCUGGUAGACAUCGUUUUAAAUUUUCACACGACUUUUGUGGGGCCUGGUGGAGAGGUCAUUUCUGACCCGAAGCUCAUACGGAUGAACUAUCUGAAAACUUGGUUUGUGAUUGAUCUGCUGUCUUGUUUACCUUAUGACAUCAUCAAUGCCUUUGAAAAUGUGGAUGAGGGAAUCAGCAGUCUCUUCAGCUCUUUGAAGGUGGUGCGCCUUUUACGCCUGGGCCGUGUUGCUAGGAAAUUGGACCAUUACCUGGAAUAUGGAGCGGCGGUUCUUGUGCUCUUGGUAUGUGUGUUUGGACUGGUUGCCCACUGGCUGGCUUGCAUCUGGUACAGCAUUGGAGACUAUGAGGUCAUUGAUGAAGUCACCAACACCAUUCAAAUAGACAGCUGGCUCUACCAGUUGGCCUUGAGCAUUGGGACUCCAUAUCGCUACAAUACCAGUGCAGGGAUCUGGGAAGGAGGACCCAGCAAGGACUCCCUGUACGUGUCCUCCCUCUACUUCACCAUGACGAGCCUUACAACCAUAGGAUUUGGAAACAUAGCUCCGACCACAGAUGUGGAGAAGAUGUUCUCAGUGGCCAUGAUGAUGGUCGGCUCUCUUCUUUAUGCAACUAUUUUUGGAAAUGUUACAACAAUUUUCCAACAAAUGUAUGCCAACACCAACCGUUACCACGAGAUGCUGAAUAAUGUUCGAGACUUCCUGAAAUUAUAUCAGGUCCCAAAAGGCCUUAGUGAACGAGUCAUGGAUUAUAUUGUCUCAACAUGGUCAAUGUCAAAAGGCAUCGACACAGAGAAGGUCCUCUCCAUCUGCCCCAAGGACAUGCGAGCUGACAUCUGUGUUCAUCUGAACCGGAAGGUUUUUAAUGAACAUCCUGCAUUCCGAUUGGCCAGCGAUGGAUGUCUGCGUGCCUUGGCAGUGGAGUUCCAAACCAUUCACUGUGCUCCUGGGGACCUGAUUUACCAUGCUGGAGAAAGUGUGGAUGCCCUCUGCUUUGUUGUGUCCGGGUCCUUGGAAGUUAUCCAGGAUGAGGAGGUGGUGGCCAUUUUAGGGAAAGGUGACGUGUUUGGAGACAUCUUCUGGAAGGAAACCACCCUUGCUCAUGCGUGUGCCAAUGUCCGGGCCCUGACUUACUGUGACCUGCACAUCAUCAAGCGAGAAGCCUUGCUCAAGGUCCUUGACUUCUAUACAGCAUUUGCAAACUCAUUUUCCAGAAACCUCACUCUCACUUGCAAUCUAAGGAAGCGGAUCAUCUUCCGUAAAAUCAGUGACGUGAAGAAGGAGGAGGAGGAGCGGCUGCGGCAGAAGAAUGAGGUGACUCUGAGCAUCCCCGUGGACCACCCAGUGAGGAAGCUUUUCCAAAAGUUCAAACAGCAGAAGGAACUGAGGAACCAGGGCUCUGCGCAGAGCGACCCUGAGAGGAGCCAGCUUCAGGUAGAGAGCCGCCCUUUGCAGAACGGAGCCUCCAUCACAGGUACCAGUGUGGUCACUGUGUCACAGAUUACCCCCAUCCAGACAUCUCUGGCCUAUGUGAAAACCAGCGAGUCUCUUAAGCAGAACAACCGCGACGCCAUGGAACUGAAGCCCAAUGGUGGCGCUGAACCCAAAUGUCUCAAGGUCAACAGCCCCAUCAGAAUGAAAAACGGAAAUGGGAAGGGGUGGCUGAAACUGAAGAACAACAUGGGGGCUCACGAGGAGAAAAAGGAAGACUGGAAUAACGUCACCAAAGCUGAGUCGAUGGGGCUGUUGUCGGAGGACCCCAAGGGCAGUGACUCAGAGAACAAUGUGACCAAGAACCCCUUAAGGAAAACGGAUUCUUGUGACAGUGGAAUUACAAAAAGUGACCUUCGUUUGGAUAAAGCUGGGGAAGCCCGAAGUCCUCUGGAACACAGUCCCAGCCAGGCUGAUGCCAAGCAUCCCUUCUACCCGAUCCCCGAGCAGGCCUUACAAACCACACUGCAGGAAGUAAAACACGAACUCAAAGAGGACAUCCAGCUGUUGAGCUGCAGAAUGACUGCCCUGGAAAAGCAGGUGGCAGAGAUUUUAAAACUACUCUCAGAGAAAAGUGUACCCCAGACAUCUUCUCCAAAACCCCACAUUCCACUCCAAGUACCUCCCCAAAUACCAUGUCAGGAUAUUUUUAGUGUCUCAAGGCCUGAGUCCCCUGAAUCUGACAAAGAUGAAAUCAACUUUUAAUAUAUAUAUAUAUAUAUACAUAUAUAUUUGUUAAUAUAUUUAAAACAGUAUAUACAUCUAUAUACAUAAGUGUGUAUAUAUAGUAUAUACAUAUAUAUUUUCACUUGCUUUCAAUAUGAUGAACACAAUAUGGAUUUUGAUAUGUACAUACUGCAUGUCCAGCUGGAUUCUGGCCUGCCAAAGACAAUUAUUCAGAACAUAGAUAUUGCUUGUACAUUAUGCAGUUGACUGCAUGCAUACUUUACAUUUAUUUAUAAUCUCUAUUCUGUAAUAAAAAAAGUAUGAAUUUUGUUAACUAAGGCAAUGUAAUUUUUGAAGAAUCAGGGUCCAACCAGCCAAUGUUGCCAUGACAAACUUGAUCUCAGGCUGAGUAUAUCGAGCUGUCAUUUCUUCACUCUUCUGUUUAGUUAAAAUUAGAGAUUAAUGUCGAGGGAGGGUUCAGCUUCGGAAGCUGUCAGACCACGUUACAGUCUCAUGCCAUAGGGUACUUUGCUGUAACUUAGUGUUAGUUUCCUCUUCCCUCCAGGCAAUAUUUGCUCCAUUGAGAUGAUUAUUUCGUCGCCUACAUCUGAUGCCACUGUUGGGUAUUGAGAACUUAUUGCUAUGGGUUUUGUGCAUGAACUGCAUUUCCACUCAAUGAUACCUCUCCUUUUUAGCAUUGUAUUAGAUAGUAAUCAUUAGCUCUUACGUAGAGAAUUCCCUGCUCCCUCCGUCUUGGAGAACAAUUGUCAUCUUGGGAGCUGACUUGAUCAACACCAUAAAUAUUCAAUUGUUAAUAUAGUGUAUAUUAUUAUAGAAACACUGCACCACAGGGUAUAAGGGCCUCUUAACAAUAUGUUAGAUAUGUCGAUUGUCCAAAGGCGAUGAAUGUUCUACAUUUGUAUUUCCAAAGCUUGUUCAAAGGGGGGUGUUGAAAGGCUCUUAGCAAAGAAACAUAUCAAAAUUUUAACUGUUAUUGAUCUAUAAUUUUUUUAAAAAGAACAUAAGCAAUUAGACAUGUUUUAAUUGCACAUCUGUGACUUAGAAAGGAUGAAAUCUGGAUACAGAAAUGAUGAAACAUGAGUUUUAUUGCUUAUAGAGGUAACACAUGCAAUGAGGCUGACUUAACAAAAUAAACAAUGUAGAAGGUAAUGUUAAAGUUGCUUUAUUAAGAUAGCUGCUUUUCUGUGACUGUAUUCUGGGUACAGUUUCCCUGAGCUCUUCUGCACACAGUUGCAACACUGGCCUUCUGUUAAGCUGAUACAAUAGAGCACUAUGGCUCAGGCAGAUCCACUUACAAAGGCUUAUGAGGCUAAAUGUUAUAGUCUUUCGGGUAAUAAUUCCUCUUCUGAGAAAGUGCCUAUUAUCAACCAAAAGAGAAGUCACAAAUGCUGUGUUGCCUAUAUCUAGGCCCUUGAAUAACACUCAGAAUGAAUUGCAUACCCCUUUUGAGAACCCAUGGAAGCAUUUUCUUAUGAUUCCAGCAUGUUUUCUGGAGUUCUUCUUGGGGGUGUGGUUUUCAGUUGGUGAAGGCAUAAAAUUUAACAUCAAAAAUAAGAAGCUAGCAUCUGCAUUACCCUGAAAAUGUAUGUCAAUCACUUGUGUACUGGUAGACUACUAAUAUAUGCAUUAUAUAUGCAUAUGUACAUAUAGAGAUGAAUAUACAAAAGAUGGUAACAAAAUCAAAGAAAAUAGUUUGCUCUUUCAUAUGCAAUUUUAUGUGCUUUUCUAUAACCUAGUCACUCUAAAAUUAUAGAAAGAAGAGUUAACACAGUCAGUCUGGAAAAGUACAAAACAGUGCUGCUCUUUAAGUUCUCCACAGGUCCCAAAGCUGUACGCCUUUGUUCUAGGACUCUUGGGCUGUGGAUUAGGUGCUGUGGGCUACCGUUGCUUUCCUUUCCAUUACUUAAAGUAGACAUCUUCAGGGUCGUGUAUGUCCUUGCUCGGCUAAGAUACCUACCUACCAUUGGCAAGAAGAAAUGAAAUAAUUACAGAAUCAGCCUUAGAAUUGAGGUUUGGGGACUCAUUUGUUUUGGCUUUUUUAUUAUGGAAGAUACCUUGACCUUGGCUUUUGAGAUGUAUUGGGUUUCUUAUUGGUCAGAGUCAAGUAUAGCAAAUACCUUGAAAGUUGAAUGAUGAUAAAAAAGCAUGAAUGCAGAAAUCCCUGUUCUGACUUUAGCUACAUUCAAAAAUGAACAGUUGGUCUAAAGCCGUAAGAGGGUCACUGAAACAGAAACUGAAGUGUGACUUCUGCCAUUUCCUAUUAGGUUUACAAACCUUUGCCAGGAUGUGACAAUGGCCCAGACAGAGUUUUAGCUAACAACCUACAACAUUAGCCAUAAUGAGAUUUCUAUCUGAACACACGUUUCCAUAGGUGGGGAAGAAACAUAAUGAUCUUGAACUGCACUGGGCCCUCAAUAGGAAGCAAAAGUACUGAUUGUUUACUUUUGGUGCAGUUCCCACAGUUCUCUUUUCCAGACCCUUGUCCUCUGCGUGCAUGACCUGGCGUGGUGCUGAACGCACUCUGCACAUAUUCAGCCAACAUUGUAAAUAGCCUUAGGUUUCCAGAUUUUAAAAUUCUUCAUGGUAGAAUUUAGUCAGAUUUUAAUGCAGGGUGAAUACUUGCUUGCACACAUGAUAAUGAUAUAGUCACAUACUGUGUGGCCUCAACCAACACAGACAGGGCAGGCUCUUUGGGGGACCAGACGACUGCAUGCUUUAUCCCUACACUGGUGCUCUUGGUGCAUCCAGAAUAUUGUUUUUACUAUUAUA